AUGGCUGGCUAUUAUAUACACGUGCCACCCCCUGAGGAACGCGGCGGCCUGACGGUGAACGAGCUGUUUGCGUCGGGGAUGCCCUGCUAUUUUGGUUCGCGAGAUUUGACAAGCAAUCCCGGGAAUCUGCCUGAUAACUGCGUCCUCUGCUGGGAGAAGCUGGGGCCCGAGGCUUCAUACCGUCGACUUCCUUGCAGCCAUAUCUUCCACCUUUCUUGCAUUGAUUUGUGGCUGUGUGAAGAGGAUGCAAGCUGUCCGCUGUGUCGCAAGACAUUCUACUACUUGAGGGGACCGCGCGGGGUGUAUAUUGGCAGUCAGCGCGGUAGCUAUGCACCUGAAUUGCCAGUUGCGUUCUAUUUCAAGGCGGCAAAGGCCUGGUUUUCUGUUCAUUGUCUGGGGAAACCCACGAGACAUGGUCAUAUUCAAUAA